AUGCCUUCCGUAGAAGGUCGGAGUGACCAACAACUUUCCAAGACCUUCAAGAAAGCCACGGGAGAAGAACGUCCCCGACCUACUCGAAUCACCGAGACCCCAUCAGCUAAGGAGGAUCACUGCCAGAGCGAAGAGUAUCAAGAUAAGUACGAUGACGAGAUCGCACGCUCCUACUGCAAAGUGCGCACUGUUUUGCUGAAAAUUAAUACAGACAACAAUCAUGUGUUCCACCCGGCGGUGGUGGAGGCGCAGCGUUGUGUGGGCCACUGCGCGCAGAGCGGAGUGUCGUGCCAGGCCACGCACAAGGAGAAGCGAAGGGUGCAGGUAACGCGCAAAAACGCUAUGGGCGUAACCAAGUGCGGGCAAGUGGAGGUGGAGGACCAUAAGGACUGUGACUGUUUAUAAAGCAAAUAAAACAAGGCCUGCGUUACACCAGUGCCAGCCAGCGGUUCCGGAGCAGACAUCAGCCGGGCUUCCUCUAGUCGCUCACGGGUGCACGUUCCCUGCCACGCCCACCCCCGUGAGACCCUCCGGCCGUCGCCCGCCCCCAGCUCUGGCCUCCGCCGGCGACCGCCGCAGGCCCGGAGCUGACCAGGGCGGGACCUGCUCAAGCGUAGAAACCCCACGUGCCCAUGGGUGGGACGAGGUUUAAUGAAGCGUGCCAUAUACUUGCAAUUACAUCUUUGUGCUGUUUUGAAUGGAACAGAUAAUUUUCAGAGAUAUAAUUGCUGAUUCAGUUUAAGUGUUCAUGAGGAUUUUGUAGAAAGUUUAACCUAUCCAAUGAAUUUCUCUUUUGUAUUUAGAUAAUCAGACUUUUUCUUACUUAACAGAAUGAAAAAUACUUACAAUUAGUAUUUUAAUAUACGAGUUGUACUGGGAAUAAACGCAAACUUGAACAUUCUGUCUUAAAAAAUAAGUUUUGAAAGAUUCGAGUAUUGAAGAAUAAACAAAAAUAAUGUACGAUUAUGUUUUUGCUGAUCAAUUUUCAAAUCAUGAAGACAAUGCACACAAAAGUGUAUAUUUUCAUAAUAACUCUUUAUAAUACAAUUACGCGUUUCAACUUUUUAAACUGCUGCUGAGUUAUGACAUUUGUGUAUAUAUCACUUUAUACAGACUGAGACGAAACGAAUAAUAAAAACACAUAUUUAGUGAAAAUUGUAUUCAAAUCAUUUUAAUUUUUAAUUUUUUCGGUACUUGAGCAACGAUAAUGAAAAUCCUCCAAUCUGCUCAAAAUACAAUUGCGAUUUUUUAUUUAGUUACAACAUAAAUUAACUUAAUGCUACGGCGUGCCAAAUUUUAUAUUGCAUGACAUUGUCUACUCGUAAUCCACGUAUAAGAAUGUAUUUAUAAUGCAAGUAAAAUUGGGUUUUGGCCGUUCCUGGCCUACUAUGCUUCGGAUUGGUUCCCCUUUCGCUCCGGCUGCGAAAGACGUCCUUCGUACAAAGAAGCUGCGCCAGCCCAUGGCCCGCGCACUUCCACCUUUAUUUUAAGAUACUUGCUUUUGUUCUAAUGUUUAUGAUAAUAAAUAACAAUUUGGUAUCCUCUGUUUUCAUUGCGUUUUGUCAAACAUUUGCCUCCUUUCUGUAUGGCUCUUCCUCCAACUGGCUCCUUUUAUUCUUAGGUUUACUGUAUUUAUUGAGUAAUCUCCUAUUUAAUUUUGCUUUGUC